GCCGGUGAUGGUGCUGUAACAUCCACAGUACACCGAUCUCUCUCUAAAAAAAAAAAAAAAACCUUAAGAAAAAACUCCUCUCCGCUCUUCACAGAAACUCCAUCCUUCCAUCUCUUCUCUCUGGGUUUCUGUUCGGACAGUCCCGUCAUGCAGCACCGCUUUCUUCCUUGCGUAAUGGCGCUGCUGAUCGCCUCCUCCUGCCUGCUGUCCGAGGCGCGCGUCGCCAAGCGCUUCGCCAUCGACUGUCCGGAGAGCUGCGACAAGUCUCAGUGCCCGCAGAUCCCGGCGGACUGCCUGGCCGGAGACGUGCUGGACCGCUGCAACUGCUGCCCGGUCUGCGCGUCCGGCGAGGGCGAGCAGUGCGGCGGCCCCGGGGACCAGGACUGCGCCGAGGGGAUGGAGUGCUCGGUGACCGACGGCGUGGAGGUGUCCGCCACCGUCAGGCGGCGGGGCAAGGCCGGCGUGUGCGUGUGCAGCAGCUCCGAGCCGGUGUGCGGCAGCGACGGCGUCUCCUACCGGAACAUCUGCGACCUGAAGCGCGUCAGCAACCGGGCCAUGAAGCUGCAGCAGCCGCCGGUCAUCUUCAUCCAGAGAGGAGCCUGCGGGAAGGCUCAGCUGAACCCUGACAGUCUGCGGUACAAAUACAACUUCAUCGCUGAUGUGGUGGAGAAAAUUGCCCCUGCUGUCGUUCAUAUUGAACUCUUCCGCAAGAUGAUCUUUUCUAAGAGGGAGGUAGCGGUCGCCAGCGGCUCUGGUUUUGUCGUUUCCGAGGAUGGACUGAUUGUCACCAACGCUCACGUGGUGGCCAAUAAACACAGAGUGAAGGUGGAGCUGAAGAGCGGUGCCACGUACGACGCCAAGAUCAAAGAUAUUGACGAGAAGGCCGACAUCGCCCUCAUCAAGAUCGACGUACCGACGAAGCUGCCUGUGCUGCUCCUCGGUCGCUCCGCAGACCUGCGUCCCGGAGAGUUCGUGGUGGCCAUCGGCAGCCCGUUCUCCCUGCAGAACACCGUCACCACUGGCAUCGUCAGCACCACCCAGAGAGGAGGCAAGGAACUGGGCCUCCGCAACUCAGAUAUGGAUUACAUUCAGACGGACGCCAUCAUUAACUAUGGGAACUCAGGAGGACCAUUAGUCAAUCUGGAUGGGGAGGUGAUUGGCAUCAACACGCUGAAGGUCACUGCAGGAAUCUCCUUCGCCAUCCCGUCGGACAAGAUCCAACAGUUCCUGGCGGAGUCACAUGACCGGCAGGCCAAAGGGAAAACAUUCCCAAAGAAGAAAUACAUCGGUGUCAGAAUGAUGAGCCUCACUACGACGCUGGCGAAGGAGCUGAAGGAGAGGCAUUCGGACUUCCCCGACGUCACCUCGGGGGCGUACGUCAUCGAGGUCAUCAGCCGGACUCCAGCUGAGGCAGCUGGCCUGAAGGAGAAGGACGUCAUCAUCAGCAUCAACGGAGAGCCCAUCACCUCGGCCGGCGACGUCAGCGACGCCAUAAAGCGGGACGACAAGCUGCGGACGGUGGUGAGGCGGGGCAACGAGGACGUCAUCCUAACCAUCGUGCCCGAGGAGAUCGACCCUUGACCCCUCUCCGGCCGACGGAGCAGCCGAAACGGCGUGGGAGCUGGAGCGGUCGACCAACCGUGAGCUGGCCCUCACAGCUUCUCGCCCAGUCAUGAACACUUUGAGAUGAACAAGCACCCGUUGGAGGGUGCCUGUGUGCGAGGCUGCACCCUUUUCUCUAACCCCCCCCCUCUGAGAGGCCCAUUACUCUGUAGACUGAAGCGUUCCACCACCAACAUGUUAGCUCUUCCCCUAGUCUCCAUUUACCUCCCACUCCUCUUCUAUAACCUAAUAACAUAUUUAAUACAGAGAGGUCACUGCAGGUCACCGUAGUUCACCAUGUACUGUAUAUUCAUGUUCAUGAGGGAAUAUUUUGCUAAAGUGUUUCUUUUUGUCUUUGUGGGGAAUAAAAUUAUUUUUGAGAAAAAAAAAAAAAAAAA